GCGGAGAUAUCCGUUCCUAUAAAGAUGGGGUUCCUGAGCGUGGAGUGCUCGUGUCGCUUGUGUGUUCGCUCCUUGCUCUCUGAGUUUCCACUCUUUUUGGGGGUUCUCGGUGGUGCUGCCUUUCUUUCCGUCUUCUUUCACUCCAGUGAGUUCUCGGCUUUCAGUCAUGUCGAGGUGCUACUGCUACCCAACUGUUAGCGAGGAAUACAAGAAAGCCGUUGAGAAAUGCAAGAGAAAGCUCAGAGGGCUCAUCGCUGAGAAAAACUGUGCCCCCCUUAUUCUCCGUCUAGCAUGGCAUUCGGCCGGAACUUUUGAUGUGAAAACGAAGACUGGCGGCCCUUUCGGUACCAUCAAGAACCCGGUCGAGCUUGGCCAUGCGGCUAAUGCUGGACUGGACAUUGCCGUCAGGCUCUUGGAACCAAUAAGGGAGCAGUUCCCCAUCCUUUCAUAUGCCGAUUUUGUUCAGUUGGCUGGAGUCGUCGCUGUUGAGGUUACUGGGGGACCGGAUGUUCCUUUUCAUCCAGGGAGGCCGGACAAAACUGAGUCUCCAGUGGAAGGCCGCCUUCCUGACGCCAACCAGGGUGUUGAUCACUUAAGGGUUGUCUUUAAGCAACACAUGGGUCUAUCUGACCAGGAUAUUGUUGCACUGUCUGGUGGGCAUACCCUGGGACGGGCCCACAAGGAGCGGUCUGGAUUCGAAGGACCCUGGACUCGCGACCCUCUGAUAUUCGACAACAACUACUUCAAGGAGCUGCUGACUGGAGAGAAGGCAGGUCUGCUUCAGUUGCCAACUGACAAAGCUCUUCUGAGCGACCCAGUCUUCCGUCCCCUGGUGGAGAAGUAUGCGGCUGACGAGGAUGCUUUCUUUGCUGAUUACGCUGAGGCUCACCGGAGGCUCUCAGAACUGGGAUUUGCUGAAUGCUGAGGCCGAAUCAUGACAUUACCGGUGUUGAAGGUACCUUGGCUCUUUUUCCGGGAGGUCUUUGCUGACCAAGCGAAGAAACUGGGUGUUGAUGUGUCGUGUGUUUGGGUGUCAUUGCAGGGGAAUAAGGGAAAAGAAAUUUUCCGUGGUAGCGUAUGUAUCGUACUGGAUGUUGUUAUGUAUAACAUGUCAGUUCUUUAGUACCUAUCCUGCUAGUAUCGUCUGUGUCUGGCUGUGAAAAUUUAAUGAGAUGUUUUUCCGGAUGGCCUCAA